GCCAAUCACUUUGUCAGACAUAAGCAACGCAGUGAAAAACCAGCCACCUGGUGCAAAUUCGUGCUCAACACUGGCCAAGACUCAAUCCCACUCGAGUUUUCGAUCGGGAUCCCGUGACUGAGUGACUAAAAAGAGCAGCGUCACAUUUGCCGCACAUAUUGCGCACUGCCACACUGUCACAUCGCGGGUUGCCCCGAGACCACAAAAAGCACAGUUUUUUGCCGAUUUUCCCGCAAUGUCUUGGCUCGGCGCGCUGACCGGGAUGCAACCGCGCCGCGUGAGCGACCGCUACGCGCUGCCCAAGCCCACGUGGCAGCAAAAGGUGCAGCACUACGCGCCGAUCUUCCGUUGGCUGCCCAACUACAGCGUCCAGCGCGACCUCAAGUUCGACAUUGUGGCCGGUAUCACCGUGGCAAUGAUGCUCAUUCCGCAAGAAGUGUCUCUCUCCACUAUCAUGCACGUGCCGGCGCACCACGGUCUGUACACGGCUGCUACGGCCCCGUUGGUCUACGCCAUCUUCGGCUCCAGUACAGUGCUCUCCGUUGCAAGUGGCUCCGAGGUUUCGCUACUUGUUGGCUCGACGCUCGAGGACAUCGAAGACGAGGACGAACGUGUGGCAACGGGCAUCUUCAUGGCCUUCCUCAGUGGCUGCAUCCUGCUGCUGGUCCGUAUAUUGAAUCUCAGUCAAAUCGCCGACUUCUUCUCCCGUCCAGUCAUGGGCGGCUUCAUCUCGGCCGGUGGUUUGCUCAUUAUGCUGUCACAAGUGCCCAAUGCGUUGGGUCUCAAGCUGAAAUCUCAGGAAUACCCGCCUGCAAAAGUCGUCCAGAUCUUGGAAAACAUUGGCGACACCAACUUGAACGCCUUCGCAGUGGCUGCAGUGUCCAUUGUAUACCUUAUCACAGUCAAGAUGAUCAAAAGACGCUUCUUCCCGUCCCCCGUGCUCAUGCAGCUUUUCGAGAGCGACACGCCACAGGUCAAAGAGAAGGGAAAACCGGAAGAAGAGGAAAGAUUCAUCCAGCAACCUGCCAAUUCCGGCCACGGAUUCUCCUUAACAGACCAGCAGUUCACAGCGUACCAGGCUCAAACCACUCCACAGGAGGAAUGUGAGUCGCUGGCGGAUGCUGGGAAGGAAGAGCAGCCUCCCAAGUCCAAGGGAGUGCUCCUCGCUAUCUUCCUUAUGCGUACACUGUGUGACUUGGGUCCUCUUGUUGUCUGCAUCUUUGGUGGCAUUGUCGGAUACGCACUCGGCCCCUCGCACUUAAAACUCACAGGAGAGAUCCCUGGCGGCUUCCCGGAGCCCAAAGUGCCUUGGUACGGCUUCACUUCGCACCUUAUUGACGGUGACCGCUUCGGUACUAUCAUGUACCAUGCUUUGACGGUAUCAGUAGUGGUUUUCCUGUCGAGUAUUGCCAUGUCCAAGCGUCUUGCUAUCCAGCGAGGCGAGGAUAUUAACACCGAGCAGGAAUUGACAGGUAUUGGCAUUGCCAGCGUCGUCUGCGGCUUCUUCCAGGCCAUGCCCCCCACGGGCGGUAUGUCCCGGACGGCCGUGAACUUACAGAACGCCCACACCCAACUGGCCUCGAUCAUCACGUGUCUUAUCGUGGUGUUGGCUCUGUACACGCUCACGAGCACCCUGUAUUACCUGCCGAGCGCCACACUAGCCUCCAUUAUCAUUGUGGCAGGCUGGACUCUGGUCGAGUUCCGAGAGGCCAAGUGGCUGUUCCGUGUCAAGCGCGACGAGUUUUUCGUCUGGGCCGCGUCGUUCGCAUUGACUCUGGGCCUCGGUGUGCUCAACGGUUUGAUCGCUUCGAUUAUCUGCUGCAUCUUGGCUCUUAUGUGGAAGUCCAAGGUGCAGCCGGUUGCCAUUCUGGGCGAACUGGACAAUGGCCGCUACGUCGACCGCGAGAACUUCCCCGAAGCAAACAAUCUGGGCGACAUCAUCGCAGUUCGAGUGGAGAGCUCGCUGUACUUUGCAAACUGCGAACGUGUGGCUCAUUUCAUUGAGCGAGAGAUGGUGCGGCUGUCGACGCUGGGCAUCACCACGCGCGGUGUAGUGCUGGACACUUUCCACAUGAACGACAUGGACGCCACGACGAUCCAGGUGUUGUCGGACACGCAGGAGAAGCUGGCAGUACGCGGGGUGCGCUUUGGCAUUGCCAACGCCAAGAGCCGCUUGUACGAUCUUUUGGCUGCCACGAACCUUCUCAAGCGCAUUCUGGCAAACGACCCCACAAUUUCCGUCGAGGAUGCCGUGAGAAUGAUGCGCGAACUGCCACCUCUUGGCGACAAGUCGAACUCAGCAGCUUCCGGCACGUCGACGGCAAGCAAUCACGUCUAAGCAUCAAAAUAUGUGUAUGUUUGGUUAAAAAAAAAACUAUCUUUGAAAUUGAAAAUGUGAUGUUCUUUUCAGUGAAAAUCAAUGAUGUGCUUGAAACUAC